AUGAAGUUCUGCUGCGGAAGUGAAGUUCGAGCUAAACGUGUCAUUAAGAUAACUGUAAAGACUUUGUCUGUAAGUGCAAAGGGGCAAAGAGGGAAGAUAGCUGAAAUAGACAUCAAAGGACAUUUCUGCCCAAGUCAUAAUGUUACCAAUGAUGUCAAGAUUUUUGCAAAAGUUGAAUAUUCAACGAAGAUGAUCAUCGGAGUAGGUGCUGAAAACCGAAGAUUUGUUGAACAUGUCGACUCGCAACCGAUGGUGCUUAUUAAACAAGAUAGAUCCACACUCGACGCUCCUGAGCGGAAAUAUUCAACGAAGAUGAUCAUCGGAGUAAGUGCUGAUAACCGAAGAUUUGUCGAACAUGUCGACUUUCAACCGAUGCUGUUUAAACAAGAUAGAUCCCAAAUCGGCUUUCCUGAGCGGAAAUAUCCCUGGCCCACAAGAGCCCAGCUACUUAUUCCAGCUCCCCUUGGUGAGGAAGACUACGAUGGAUUUGAAGAAGAGAUUGUGGUCAUGGACGUCGGGAGA